UGUAGUGGUAGUUCAGUUUCAGUGUGUUCUGGAGGUCGAGAAGGAAAAUGGCUACGAACUCAGUUCAUCAACAAGAGCUCUCCCAUCUCCUAAUACAUACCCAGUCAGAAUAUUUGUGAACAUUACAUAUUCCUUCAUGGACUGUCCCAGACCAAAAUGUGAUGAUAAUUUUGAGCUGCUACUUGCAAACUAUUACCAUGACACAAGCUAUCCAUAUGGUGAAGGUGGUAUAAUGCCAGACAACAGUAUACAAAACACCAGUGGUGUUUCCAGUGGUACCAAACAGUUCUUCUUUGACUCUGAAACAUCAGUUACUGGAAUUUUCUUAGCACUAAAAAGUGUUGAAGCCUGUGUGAAUGUGUCCAGAGUGUUGGUCUAUCGUUAUGAAUGUCCUGGUCAUGACAGACUGCCUACAAGAAACCUUCUCCGUCGACCUGCCACUCAGUCACUGUGUCAGAAAUUUAGAGUCCGUCACUCCAUACUGUGCAGAGAAUUCUCACCUUGUUAAUAACACUUCAAAGAUAUUAUGUAGAUUUGAUGGAGUAUGGGUCAAUGGUAAAGCACGAUGUGAGUGUAACUCUGGGUAUACUGAAGAUAAAAAUGGGACCGCAUGUAAAGCAUUGCCUAGCCAGUCAACUACUGGAUACAUUGCACAACAAACUGCAUCUCCAUCCACUACAUCUGCCCUUCCUACCAAUGGAGCCACACACAAGACUACAGUUGUGGGAGACACUGUAACAAGUGUCAGUCGAGAACAAACUCCAUCCCUUUCUCCAUCUCCCACCCCUUCACUUCCUACUGCUGGAACAACAGAGGAACGUACAGUUGAGGCAAGAGCCAGGGACAGUGGUGGUGGACUACCUAUUCCCAUUCUGGCUGGUGUGGGUGCUCUGAUUGUAGUCAUCCUAGCUCUAGCACUAGUGGUAGUGCUAGUUCUGGUAAUAGUAAGAAAUCACAGGAAAUCGAAACAAAAUGAGAACCAUUUCUCCAGUGAUGGGAAGCAACUGACUAACCCCGUCUACGAUGCAGUGUCUCAAAACAUACCAGUCAAGUUACCUGCUAGUAACGGGAAUGGAACAAGUGGCCACAAACAGGAUGCCGAGACACUUCGCAAGUUCCCAAACCCUCUAUAUAACACUACCCGACACAAUAUCCUCAGUAAUGGAGUGUCUGAGAGUCACACCACACAAAAUGGGAACACUUUCGAUGAGCCUCAGUACUCUGUUCCCAAUGGCAACGGAUUCGUCCAAUCAGAAUACGAGGUGCCGGUGACCACACCCACUUCAUCGGAAGGCCCCACCCCUCCUCCACCUCUUUCUCUGCCACCUCACGUGUACGACUAUGCAAUGGUGCCUCCUGGGAUGGCUCCAGAAUAUGCCACACUGGAACCUCCAGCCCAUGCCUACCAUACCCUAGAGUUUCCCUCUGGAACUAAUGGAGCUGUGCUGCCUGCUGUGAGUGCAGGGAGAGAGGGAGGAGGUGGGGAAACUGAUGGAACUGAUGGAACUGAUGGAACUGAUGGACAUGGAGAACAGGAAUAUUCUGUCAUUGGAGAAAAGUAGACCACGACAUUGAUCGUACUGUGUGUUUUUACUCUGUAGCCUAUUAUUGGUCUUGUAUAUAAUUCUUAUGGCACAGGUUACAUUGACAGGUCUACUUAAACCCUCUUUCUUCACCUCUAUACAAGUCUUGCUUACUGUGUAUGUCUGUGGAUACAGUGUGCUGUUCCCUUAAGACUAUAUUAUUAUAAUGUGAGAUGUCAGCA